AGAGAGGCUGGGUCUUUCCAAAGGAUAACAGGUGCAGUGUAAGCUGCAGAUACCUGCUCAGCUGGAUAAGUCUUUAAUCAUGGAAAGAAGGCUGCUCAAGAAGGAAAUGAAAAAGCUCCUGGGAGAUUAUAUUGGCAUCAGACUUCGGGAAAAUGAAUUUGACCCAAAAGGAAGAAGGCAACUCACCUUUCUAGACGAUAUGGCACACUAUGACUUGGCCAUCCAUGUUGCUUUGCAAUGGCUGGAUCACAAAGAAGACUUAACUUGGCUGGAACGGGAGGAAGUGAAAAUGCCAUUUUGGGGUAGACCCAUAUAUCCAAACCACAGAGAACGAGAAGCAAUGAUUUUAUCAUCUUACGCUGGAAUCUUAAUGAACAGUAUCCCAGUUGAGGAAGUCUUUAAAAUUUAUGGGGCUGAUUCUUCUGCCAGUUCUGGUGCUAUCAAGGUUUCCCGAGCUCCACCUUUCCGCCUCUCUCUGCACCCUUUUGCCAUGUUAACAGCACCCAAAGCCGCAGAAUAUGCCCGCAAACAAAGUGUCAAGUUAGGAAGGGGAGCAACGAAUAAAAAUGCCACCAGCAGCUCUGCAAGGGAAGCAAAUGCCAAGGAAAGGAAAACAUCAAAGAAUGUAUCUUUGGACACACAGCCAAAGAACAAGGUCACUUAGAAACUUGGAACUGCACCAUGGGAGUUCACAGUAAAGUCUCUGGGAGGAGAAAAGAACCAUCACCUUAAAACUGCACCUCUUGACAGCAUAUUUUUCUUUACAAUUAGCUUUUGAUGCAAAGUGUAUUGAAGUGCUAUUUUGGAUGUUAAACCUUCUUCUCUUAGAAUCAUUCUGUUUGGCCAUAUUGUGGUUUUUAUUUUUAUUUUUAAAAGUAUGUAUAUUAUGCUAUUUUGUUAUGAUUGGAAGAUUGUUGGUUAGAGGAUUUUGAGAAUAUAUAGUAUUUCUUUGUCAAAGCAGGCUGGCUUUGUAGUACAUUUACAAAUGUUUACCACUGAAUAUUGCAGAAUGGUGGAGUAGGAGGCAGUUUUUCGAAGUUUCAAUCCAAAGUAAAAUUAAUCUGUCAUUGAUUGCCUUUAAUACAGUCUCAUUUGGAAACAUUUAAACUCAUUUCAAUAAAAGCAUUAAAAGAAA